AUGGAGCGCAAAAUCAAAGAGCCUUCUGACAUGGCCCUUUGGUACGCAUCGCCAGCCUAUGGCGAUAUCACCGAUUUCUUAAAAUCUUGCAAUACCCAGCUGGCGGGCAAGACCCUAAGUGCCCUUGCAACUUUCAAAGUAUGCCUUGCAGAUUCAAUUGCACUAGAUCCGCCUUUGGCAACAAGAUAUGGAAAUGCGGCAUUCAGGCGCUUCAUUUCAGCGGUCGAGUCAGAUGUGCUACCAAAAAUAGCGGAUCUUGAACUGCGGACCUAUCUGCUUGAAAGCUUUGGAAAUCCACUCAGGAUCGAUUAUGGCACUGGUCACGAACUCAUGUUUAUUUGCUUUCUUACUAUUCUUUGGAAACAUCUCAACUUUGCGUAUCAAUCUAAGACGGCAUCUGAGGAUCAAAUCCUGUUCCCCUGUACCAAGUCAGGAGAUCAACUGUCGCUGAUGGACAAGCCUUCUAUCAAAGAAGCGCUUGACAUGCUUCCGCUUCUUUUUUCCAGGUACCUGGAAAUAUGUCGCUGCAUCCAACUUCGUUUUCGCUUGGAACCCGCAGGCUCACAUGGUGUGUGGGGACUCGAUGACUUUCAAUUUAUUCCAUUUCUUUGGGGCUCUGCCCAGCUCAUGAAUGAGGCUGAAGAAUCUUCAAUACCCCCGAGCGCCGCCGUUCCGAAAGAUAGCCUCUCCAUUGCCAUGAUAGAGGAGUUGAGUCAGGACUAUUUCUACUUUGGCGCUAUCAAUUUUAUUUGCACAUGGGUUGAUGAAAAUGUAUUUCAAAGAAGUCUUGGGGAAGCUGCAAGUCGUUCGAAUGAUGCCUUUUGGCACGGAACUUUGUUGGCACAAGUCCUCGCCUUAGUGAUAAAAUGUUGGCAUGCAAAUGUUAGCCAAGAUAUUUGCAUCAGCACAAUCAAAGGGAUAACUGGCAAAGCUAUAAAUAUACCCCAUAAUGGAUGGGCUACACAAGCUAAGGUUGCUGGAUUAUUUAUUAACAUCGACCUGGUCUUUCUGGAGUAUUGUCUCGAUGUGACGUCCAGUUAUCUGAUGAUACAACUCCUUGACAUCUGCACACACAGACUCAAAAUGACUCGAUGA